CAUAGUCCUGUAUUUUGCUUCAGCUACACAAGACUAACAUGGCUACAUUUCUAAGACUAUUGUCAAGUAAUGAUCUUCCAUACACUUCAUGAGACUCGCACUAAACAGCUUCCCUAAAGAAGUCAGCAAGGAGCCCCAUUCCAGCAACAGCAGACUGUGUGUAAUGUCCUAUAGCUUAUAUAAUCAUCUAGUCUCCUAUUUUGUCUUAUAUCUAGACAUUAUAAACACACACACACACAUUUUUUGAUGACCGAGUGACUCUGGGGAAAUAGAAUACUGAGCCUUUCUGCUUCACAUCCAGAGCAAGCUUCUGAGGCUGAUUCAUUUCCUGUUACCAGAACCCUAUUAAGCAAUUGUAAUUUAAAGAUAAAACUCAGCCUGAAAGCCUUCCGGCCAAAACACCAUCCGGGGAGCGAAGAGCAGCACCUUUUAUGGCUAAAAUAUUCUGUUUUCAAUGUUGGAUGAUCUGAGAGACUUGAGGAUCAUGAAAAUCACACUGUCCCUUCCCGUGCUGCUAAUACUGGAUCUCUUCAUUUGCUGUUACUCUUUUGAACCAAGCUCUUUACCGGAUAUAAAAGACAAGCAGUUUAUUGAGGAGUGUGUGACGACUCAUAACCAUUUUCGGUCCCAGGUGAAUCCAGCAGCCAGCAACAUGCUUCACAUGAGCUGGGACCCAGAUUUGGCAAAGACAGCCAGAGCAUGGGCAAAGACAUGCCAGUUUAAACAUAAUAUCUAUCUCAAGAUACCAGGGAAGACCCACCCUCGCUUUACUUCUGUUGGAGAAAACAUCUGGACUGGCUCUCUUCAACUUUUUUCUGUGACUGCAGCCCUCGCUCUUUGGUUCAAUGAGUUCAAAGACUACACCUAUAGCACACGUGCUUGCACCAAAAUAUGUGGCCAUUAUACUCAGAUUGUUUGGGCGGCAAGUUACAAAGUUGGCUGCGCUGUUCACUUCUGCCCCAGAGUAACAGGAUUUGAGGGAUCUAAUGCAGCACAUUUCAUUUGCAACUAUGGGCCCGCUGGGAAUUUUCCAACACAACCUUAUACAACAGGAGUAGCAUGCAGCAAAUGCAAUGGUGAGAAGUGUGAAAACCAGCUAUGUGAAAAUCCAGACCGUGAGAAAGUCAUAUAUAAUUCUGGAUGGUACCCAGACUGGGAUACAUCUUCAGCCUGGGAUGAAGCCAUGUGUGACCAGUACUGUAUUGCUGUUCUAGUUUUAAGGCCAUUAUUAAUUGUAUUGACUUUUGGAGCAAUCUGGUUUCUACAGAAGCAUUAUCUCCAAUUAUCUAUAAGUAACUAAUAAUCAUUUGAAAGAUUCCAGGAAUGUUUUGGACUGUUCAAUUCCUAUUAUUAGUGGAGGAAAAUCUUAUCCAAGGAUUUGUAGAAUAAGCCCUGUUGUGUUAAUAAGUAGUAUGUGACUUGAAAACAGAUAAAUGCAAAAACAAAACAGAACAACCCAAACAAAAAGGCCAUCCACAACACUUAAUCCAAGGUAAGAAUCUGAAUAUAGAUGAUGGUCAAAAAUUCAGGGUUGGGGAACCUCUGGCCCAUGGGUCCUAUGUGGUUUAUCAGGAUUAGCCACUAGCAGGUCACCACAUGGUUUAUUUGCCUUUACUUCUGCUGGCCCCGAGCCCUGCAGCUCCCAGUGGCCACAGCUCACUGUUCCUGUCCAAUGGGAAGUAUAGUAAGUGAUGACCCAUCCCACACUGCUUCCUGCUGCUUCUAUUGGCCAAGAACAGUGAACCAUAGCACUGACAGCAUUGAGUCACCAUGCCCGUAGAUGCUCAGGUAAAGCAUGAGGUGGCCCCAUGGUGGCUAACUGUCACCAAAUGCACACUCGUCAGCUGGGUACCACCAGCUGGCCACCCAGGAAUUAACUCCUUCAGCCCUGGAGCACCCUAUUUCAGCUGGUGUGUCACCCAUGGUUACCUACAUUCUCCACCUCUAGGUACUGCUCUACCACAGUGCCCUUACUUUGGAGUCCUCCCCAUCUGGGAACCCCCAACUUCCCUAUACCCAUCUUGCCUCAGUGACCCACUGCCUGUCUUCAUCUAGCCCCUGCCUCGGGGCAAAACUGCAGUCUGAAAUGGCCACUCACCACUGGCAAGGGGAUGUGGACCUGCUGCCUUUGCCUCCCCUGGCUGCCUCUGUAGCCUUGGUACUCUCAGGCCUUGCUUCAGGUCCUGCAGCCUGGGAACUUGCCUAGCCAGAGCUUCCCCAGCUCUGCCUGCCUCCUCGCAGCCCUGCUCUAACUUCAGCCCUAGAAUUCUCAGGCCUUGUCUGAGGCUCUGCAGCCAGGGAGUAGGGUCAGGCCAGGGCUCCCCCAUGCUGCCUUGUCUCAGCACAUCACCCAGCUUCCUUAGCAGCUAGAUCAAUCCUGCUCCCUAAUUAGAACAAAACUUCUCCUCCUCCUGGAGCCCUUAUUUAUAUAGCCCCAGCAGGGGCCUUACUGGCUAAUUCCUGCCACAGCUGUAGGGCUUUGCUCUCAGCCCUCUCCCAGGGCUGGGUUUUACUCUUAAAGGGCCAGUCUGGGGCAGAUGCCCUAUCUCACUAACCAGGGCCGUCCUUAGGCAUACGCGGAGUAGGCAAUCGCAUAAGGCACCACGCUUUCUGGGGCACCACUCUGCCGGCCCGGGACGGUGGGAAGCAUACGCGUGCGCUCUGCACUGGAGCCAGUAGGGGCGCUGCCAGCACUUACGUCCCCACCAGAAGACCCUACUGGGCUGAGGGACUCUGGCAAGGUGACCCCAGCUGGGGAAGGGAAGCUGUCAAACCAGGCGGCAGCAUCAGGGGAACCGGGGCUGCACUGGGAGCAGGGUCAUGCGCAGCGAGCCGGAGGGGGCGGGGUCACGCGCGGCGUGGUGCUGAGCGGGACACGGGGGAGUAGAGCCUCGCUAGAGGUGGGACUGGCCAUGUUGUGAUGGGCCGGGGCUGUGAGCGCCGAGUGGCCCAGCUCUGGCUCCGGCACAUGUUCUGGAUCCUGGGCUGUGGGGACUUUUGGGGCCCGAUUGCAGCAGACUCCAGCCCUGCAAACAGGAAGGCAGAAGGUAGGUGAGGGGGAGGUGUGGGAGAGGAAGGGGCUUAUGCUGAGAG